CAUGUCGAAUUCAGUUCCAGUUCCUCGCUAUCGCUCAUAGACAUCACACACAGACACAAACGCCAGAGAGCCCACACACGGAUAUUCGCUUCAGAUUUGCUCAAGUCGUAGAUUUUAGAAAUAUUUUUGUUGUAUUUGUUUGCCAUGGGCUUACGCGAGACAUUUAGGAAUUUACGUCCUGGCAGUCCAUCGCGAGGCAAAUGCAGCAUUGAGCUACAGCGUCGGAAUCUUCAUCCAAAUCACAAUCAAGUGGCCAGUGCCAAUCAAUUGACAGUGUCACCUGACCAGGUCACUGAGCAAUCAUUGCAAGUUUGGCGCGCUUUGCCAGCGGAAAUUCGACAUGAUCCCAGCAUGGCCAGUUUUCAAAUGGAGAAUGAGCGGAUACAUGGCUCUACAAGCGGCAUCAGCCAGGACAAUGACGAGGAAGACGACGACAAGGACGAUGAUUAUAGCGAGAACAUUGUGGACAAUGUGGAGAAUGAGACCGGUGUUGGUCGCAUACAAGAUGACUUAGGAUCCAGUUUUGCUGGUUCUGAUUUUCUUGACAUCAAACGCAAACCAUCUCGGGCUGAUGAGAAAGAUACAGAUGAUGAGGCCACCACCACGCACUCGGAUCACGAGCCGCACCAUGCACCUGGAAAUGCCAAGUCAAUGGCCAGACGCACUCAUCGCAAAUCCAAGCGCUCCAAAGAGCAACUUCAAAAGGACAAAUUGUGGAAACGUUCUGGACUCUUGCUCUUUUGGCUCCUAGCCGCUGUUGUUCUCAUUUCAGUGGGUGAGAAGCAUUUACUGGAAAAGACUCUCGAGGUUCCGCAGGGUGAACAGGGAAAACAUUUCAAUUUAAAGCAAAAGCCAACUGGAGAUUUUCGUUUGAAAAUACAUGGAGCUUUCCAGGAACUAUUAGCCAGGGGCUUGGAAAAUGAUAAUGAGACACAAACUGAAGGUUUCUUAAUAGUUCAGCCACAGGUAUCAACUUACCUUCGCGAGAAUCGCACCAAAGUUUUUCGGAACAUUUUGGCGCCUUGGCAGAUUCCAUUGUUGUCGGAAGAUCAGCUGGAAAGUGCACCUGCUGUUCUACGUAAUCGCACCUAUCAGAUGACGCCAGAGCUUAUGGAAUUACUUUCUGUUAAGGACAAUGAAAUCCGUUUACAUAUUUACACAGAUGUGGCCCAAGAUCUGGCCAUUAUUCUGAACUAUAACCCUUUGAUUGUGAAUGCUCGCAUUGGUAGCAUAGUGGCGGGUUUAAUUUUAUUGACUUUUUAUGCUGUGUUGGUGUGGGAAUUGUUUGAGAGGCCAUUUGUGGCCAUGGUUUGUUCGAUUCUAUCAGUCACGGCUUUGGCUUGCUUUAAUGAUCGACCCAAUAUGGAGGAGAUUAUUCAAUGGAUGGAUAUGGAGCUAUUGACAUUACUCUUUUGCAUGAUGCUGUUGAUUUUGAUCUUAACUGAAACUGGAGUGUUUGAUUACUUGGCGGUAUUUUGUUUCGAGAUAUCAGGAGGAAAAAUAUGGCCCAUGAUCUAUACGUUAUGCUGGGUGACCUGUCUGGUAUCGAGCGUAUUAGAUAACAUGACCACGGUUCUACUGCUGACACCUGUCGCCAUUCGCCUAUGCGAGGUAAUGCAACUGGAUCCGUUGCCGGUGGUUAUGGGCAUUAUUGUUCAUGCAAAUAUCGGUGGGGCUCUGACACCCAUUGGAGAUCCAAUUAGCAUAAUCGUCAGCACCAAUCACUUUAUUGUGGACAAUGGUGUUACCUUUCUGACCUUUGUGGCUCACACUCUACCUGGAGUUAUCCUGGCUGUGAUUCAGAGUUGCCUAUAUUUGCGACUUUUCUAUCACAAUAUUGAUGCACUCCGUCUGAAUGAGCCCAAGGAGAUUCUAGAGUUGAGACGUGAGAUUAAGGUAUGGCAACGGGCGGUCAAUGCCAUUGCGUCUUGCUCCAAAGACGCUCAGUUGGUGAGAUGCACUCUGGAUAGUAAGGUUAAACACUUGAAGAGAACCUUGAGACGUAAACAACGUGGGGUUGGCUCCACGGAGGUCUAUACCAGCACUUUGGAUGAGCUGAAGCAAAAGUAUCCCAUCAAGAACAGGACUUUACUUUGGCAAUCCUCUGGAGCAUUGGCCUUUGUGAUCAUCUGCUUUUUCAUCCAAUCGGUGCCACAUUGGCGCACCCUACCUCUUGGCUGGGUCGCGCUCCUGGGAGUCAUUCUUCUGCUUAUUAUACUCAACCGCGAUGACUUGGAGCACCUGAUGCAUCGCAUUGAGUGGACAACUUUACUCUUUUUUGCAGCCAUGUUCGUCAUGAUGGAGUGUGUGGAACGUUUGGGUCUUUUCUCUUGCAUUGGAGAACUCACCGAGCAUGUGAUCCUCUCGGUGAAUGAACGUCAUCGCCUGGCCAUGGCCAUUUUCAUGAUACUCUGGACAUCAGCUUUAGCCUCGUCGAUUUUGGACAGCAUUCCAGUUACGGCAAUGAUGGUUAAAUUGGUCAUUUCAUUGGUGGCAAAGGAAUCUUUGGGUUUGCCCCUGCAGCCCUUGGUUUGGGCCCUCACUCUGGGUGCUUCUCUGGGUGGCAAUGGCACUCUGUACGGUGCAUCGGCUAAUGUCAUCGCAGCUGGAAUAGCGGAGCAACAUGGCUAUAAAUUAUCCUUUACUCGAUAUCUCAAGACAGUUUUUCCCAUGAUGUUGGGCCAAAUAACUCUGAUGACCAUUUAUCUAAUGGUGGCCCAUAUUGUCUUUGGCUGGCACUAAGAAAAAAGAGACAGUCAUAAAGUAUUCAUUCUUGAUUAAUCCAAAUAUUAUACAAUAUACAAUAUAAUAUGUUUAUCAAAUUGUUGUCAGUGUGUUUUUUUACACUUUUCUCUCUAUAAAUGUUUAUCUAUGUUAAGAA